GCUUCCUUACCCUCUCUAUUUCUCUCUCUCUGGGUCUGAUAUGAACUUUUGGGGUUCCAUUUUUGCAUCUACUCUAUUAGUUUGAACCUUAAAAACUGCGGAAAACAACAAAUUUUCCCUGAUAUUCUUGACUGAUAUGAGCUAUUCUUGUCUCACUCUUGAGUUUCCUCUUCUCUCUCUGACAUAGCAGAUUCCUUCUCCUUCAUUUACUCUGUAGAAUUAGGACAUUGAGGCGCUGAAUCUGGGGUUUUUCUUGGACUCCAUCUCUAUCUUCCUUGAAACCUGUGAAAGGAAAAAUCCUUGUUUUUGUUCUUUUUCCUGUCUUCUGAACUAAAGUUCCAUUAUUUUAUUUUUACCUCUACUUUUUUGACUUUCUUAGCUAGCCCUCACCCAUUUUGUCAAUUACCAAGCUUUUUCUCACCCUGCUUGAGAUCUCAUUUUUCUUAUCUUUCUCAAGUUGUUGGGUUGUUCUUCCUUGACUUCCACAACCUCCCAUUCCUGCAAAAAUUUCCUGUUUUUCCUCUGUUUCAUAGUCAGAAAUUGGAAGCAGUUUAAAGGUGGUGGAGUGGCGGACAUCAUGUGCUCUGAAACAAGCUCGCCGAGAAUAUCGUUUUCCCACGAUCUCCCCGGCGAUGGCAGCCCUCCCGUCGACCAGCAUAGGCGGCGGGACUUAACAUUGUUGGAUUCAAAUCUGGAGUUUGAGUUCAGCAUUAGCAUUGAGCAUGAAUCUUCUUCCUCUGCAGAUGAGUUGUUUAGCAAUGGAAUCAUCCUUCCCAUCAAAAUUCAAUCCCACAAACAAUCUAGUCCUUCUGAACCUCCAUUCAGAGCUUCACUCCCUCCUCUUGCUCCCACAGGGAAUGCAAAGGAAGCAAUGAAACAAAUCACAGUGGUGAAGAAUUCAGCUUCUUCAGAUCAGUUUGAACAGAGAGCUUCAGAGUCCAAAUCCUUUUGGGGAUUCAAAAGAAGUAGCAGUCUCAACUUUGAAAGUAAAAGAAGCUCUCUUUGCCCUCUCCCACUUCUAUCACGCAGCAAUUCAACUGGGUCAGUGCCAAAUCCCAAGUCCAAAAAGUCUAAAGAUUCACAAAAGCAAAUAUCUCAGAAACAGCACUCAACAUCGAUGAGAAAGUUAUCGCCUUCGUCGUCGUCGUCUUUUAAUCAAUAUGCAAUAAAUCUAAAGCCUCAAAUGAACAAGACUCAAGGAGGAGUUUAUGGCAAUUAUCAUUGCAUUGGCCCUGUGUUGAAUGUGCCUCCAAAGUUCUUUGGUUUGGGUUCACUUCUGCGAUGUGGGAAAGAUAGAAAGAGUAAGACAUGAUUUGUUCAUCAUUUUUUAUUUGAUAUUUCUUUCUUUUUCUGUGAGUUUAAUCUGUGGAUUUGCCAGGGAAUUAUUAUAGUUUUGUUGUCAGGUUCUAUGGUGAUUUUCGUGGGAAAUUAUAAUCAACAUGUAGGGCCUUGUAUGUAGACAAAAGCUAUC